CGACGUUUCUCCAAGAGUAAAACCUGUAUAAACCAAGAAAUUCGGGCGAUGUCAUUGGGAUAUCGGACUUUGCCUGUAGAGAAACUUCGACAGGUAGUUGCACAAGUGCCCACUCUUCGACCGUCCUUGUCUGGACACUCGCGUGCGAAGGUAACCGUUUGUGUCGUGAUCGGAAAGCAUCGAUUCGUGCGGCCGCUCUCGAGUAGCGCGAGCAUGAAAAGCGACGUACUGUUCAGGCAGCUCUUUGACCAGAAGAGCUGCACCUACAGCUACCUUCUGGCCGACCAGAACACGAAGGAAGCCAUCCUGAUCGACCCGGUACUCGAGCAGGUGGACCGAGAUGCUAAGCUGAUCAACGAACUCGGUCUUCGCUUAGCAUAUGCAGUGAAUACUCACGUCCAUGCGGACCACAUAACUGGGUCUGGAAAAUUGAAAGAACUGAUUCAGAAUUGCCGCAGUGUCAUCUCUGCUGCAUCCAAGGCAAAAGCCGAUGAUUAUCUCAAUCCAGGAGAUAAAUUUGGAGUUGGCUGCAUUAAGCUGGAAGCCAGGGCCACUCCUGGCCAUACCAAUGGCUGCAUGACCUAUGUUUGGCAUGAGCAAAAGAAAGCCUUCACAGGUGAUGCACUGCUCAUUCGUGGCUGUGGAAGAACCGACUUUCAAGAAGGAAACCCUGAGCGCCUUUAUGACUCGGUACACACACAGAUACUCAGCUUGCCACACGACUACAACCUGUACCCUGCCCAUGACUACAAAGGUCAGACAACCACCACUGUUGGAGAAGAGCUCAAGCACAACCCCCGUCUAACAAAGUCCAAGGAAGAAUUUGUUGACAUCAUGAACAACCUCAACCUCAGCUAUCCCAAGAUGAUAGACAAGGCAGUUCCAGCCAACAUGGUCUGCGGGCUUCAUGAAUUCGCAGAGACAUCAUGAGCCUAUUUAAAGAGAAAGAGCACAUCAACACGCACAUGACAUGCAUUUACAAGAAACGGCUUUCUAGACAUUGGUAAAUGUCGACUAGCUCACAGCACUUUGCCCACAGUAGCAUUAACAUUCCGUAGUACUAUAUUGAUUAAAUUCUUCCUAUGAUGUAGCAAGCGAGUGAUGAGCGUGCUGCAACACUGAUUCAUUUAAACUGCAAUAA